AUGAUAGAAGAGCAGUUGUACGCGCUUCAUUUGAAGCUGUUGAAACAAGAAGAUUACCACACAGCUUCCGAGUGUAUUGUCCUGAAAUGCGCGGCAAAGAAAAAGUUGUGUUGGCAGACAGUGCUUAGUGCAAUAAACGGCAAUCUGUGCAAGCGAGUGAUCAGCACAAAACAAAAGCAUCGCAAAAAAUUAGCGUCGCUCGCACAAGCUCAGCCGGUAAAGAAAAAUCAAAGGGCACCUCAGCCCAUUGAAAAUUUUGUAGUCAAUUUGUCUUCGGUUGCUUUGACUGCAAAUGAAAACGCCUUGUUAAAUAAAGGUUUGAAUUUCGCCGUGGCUCCCGAGACCCCUCCGGUUGCUGAUAUAGUCAACAACAUCGAAAGCAUUAUACAGUUUCGGAAUUUUCCUUCCAAAUCUGCUUUGCGCCACGAUAUUGGAAAUGUUAUUUUGAAAACCGCCCGGACAAAGCCCCGUUCGAAAUCUGAAAUAGCGGGCCCUGAAAAAGUUAUAGCCAAGUUGAAAAAACACGAAGUGAUUUUCACGCGAGCGGAUAAGGGUAAUGCUGUAGUGAUUUUGGACAGGCAAGACUACGACAACAAGGUUCAGGACAUGAUUUCGACGGGCCCGUAUGAGGAAUGCAGUUACAAAAACGGUAAGCCAAAAGACCCUCUCAAUAAUAUGAUCGAGGAAGCAAACAGCACAAGGCAAAAAGUGGCUGACUUAAUGGGUGAAAUAAAACUCGAAAGAAAAUUCCUCGUCCCGAACCCAAAAGUAGCCUCAUUGUAUUGCCUCCCAAAAAUUCAUAAGAACCCAAUCGCAAUGAGGCCCAUUUCUUCAAACAUCUGCACACCAACCGAAAAAAUGGCAGCGUGGUUGGUAGAAGAAAUGCGGAAAUAUCCAGUUAAGCACGGCAAAAGUGUCCUCAACUCGGUUGACCUAGUGGAAAAUUUGAAGGAUUUCAAAGUGCGUCGAGGAGAGAUCUUAGUCUCGUUUGAUGUCUCCGCACUUUUUCCCAGCGUCCCUAUUUCUGACGCCUUACGCAGCCUUCGCAGACACCUGGAGCGACGCCGCGCACCCCCAAACCAAAUAGCAGUGUACGUCACCAUAGCCGAGGUUUGUAUGAAUCAAAAUUACUUCUUGUUUCGGGGUAAAUUCUACAAGCAAACCUUCGGCCUCAGCAUGGGAAGUAAAUUAUCCCCCCUACUGGCUGAACUCUUCAUGAGUGACUUCGAAACAGAUCUCGAAAAACGGGAGAAACUUUUCCCUCGUGUUUGGUGGCGUUAUGUUGAUGAUAUCUUCGCCACCGUAAAGGAACGGUAUCUCCCGCAAACGCUUGAGGUUUUGAACAACCAGCAUAGUUCGAUUAAAUUUACCGUCGAAAAAGAAGUUGAUGGGAAACUUCCAUUCCUCGACCUGUUAAUUUCUAGAAAAGAAGAUAACACGGUGAAAUUCGGAAUUUAUCGUAAACCCACGUCAACAGAUCGCUAUAUUACGGUUGAUUCAAACCAUUUUGGAGCGCAAAAGCAAGCUGCCUUUCAUUCGAUGGCCCACCGUCUGUACAACAUACCGAUGGAGAGCCAUGAAUUCGAACUAGAAAAGCAAAAAAUCUUGCAGGCUGGUGAAUUAAACGGAUACGAUCAAGAAUUCGUCAGCAAAAUCCUCCGAAAACACGAAAGAAAAAAGCUCCGUAGCAACGCAACCACAUUCAAACCAGAAAGAGAUGAAUCCCAAAGAGUCAGCCUGCCGUACCACCCACCAUUGACAAAUAGUAUCUGUAAGAUUCUCUCUAAACAUGGUCUGAAAGUGGCUUACAAAAGUUCAAACACUUUGAAAGAUCGACUGGUUGCUCUAAAAGACAAAGUGCCACCGGAAGAGAGAUCUGGAAUUUAUGAGAUUCCAUGUCAAAACUGCCCGGCCGUCUAUAUUGGGCAAACCAGACGGAAAUUCAGAACCAGAAUCAAAGAGCACAAAAACGCAGUAGAUAACAGCAGGAGCAACGAAUCAAGUGUAGCAGCCCACGCGUCAGAACUUAAUCAUCACAUAGAUUGGGGAAAGGUUAAGUUCAAAAAAUGUGUACGCAAAGCGUCACAUUUAAACGCAUGGGAAUCCAUGUAUAUCACUACAUCGGAAAGGCCACUUAUGAACGAGGAUGACGCUCCAAUCAUAUCACCGCUUUUCAACCUGCUCAAACCAAGUUUUCAACAACCCGACCACCCUUCGACGAAUACUAUUGGAUAG